AAUUAUAGACAUGUGUGUUUUUAGGUUAGUGAUUAAUUAAAAGAUAUUAUUAAUGUUUUUAAUUAAAGCUAAUUAAGACUAGUCAUUGUAAUAAUAUUUGUUUAUUCGCGAAAAUUGUAUAAAUAAAGAUGGAUAGGACGCCUGUUAAAUCACCGAAAAAAGAUGGCGUUUUAAGUCCAGUGUCAGUUGUACAAAAACUAGAUAUUAAAUCACCAUCGAGUCCUAUUUCAUCCUGCCAUUUAAGAACAGCCAAGGAUAAUGUUGUGCAGUUAAAUAAAUUGUUCCACGAUUGGAAGCAAUUGAAUACCAAAUCCCUGGUAUUGAUAAAAUCAAUUUUUCAAAUCAAAUCAAAAAGUUUAGACACUGAAACUAGUUGCGUUGAUGAACUAGAAUCAAUAUUUUUGAAUGGCGAGGAAGUAAUAGCUGGCUAUGAAAAUAUUGUUUGUUCAAUGAAUAUGAUAAAUAAAAAGUUUGAAGCACUAACUAAAUUAUGUGAUCCGCAAGAAUUGUUAUUUGUUACUAGUACAGCUUUGCAAGUGGAAAACUUAGUGUCGAAAAUUGUGCAAGGAUAUGAGAAGGAAUUAGCAACAAAAAAAUUAGUUUAUGAAAAUAUAGCACAUGCAAAAAGUUUGAGUAAGUUAACAAUGUAUGCUGCAGCAUGGGAGUAUGAAGUAUAUUUAGAAAGUGUUUCUGUAGAUGUUUUAAGGUUAAAUAUGGAAACAAACUUGCCUGUAAAUACUUAAUUUUUAUU